AGCGUGAACAUGGAGGUGGUGGGCCGGAUGUACCUGGCUCUGGUCCUGUUCACUCUGCUGAAGGAGACCGACCUGUGGAGCGUCGCCGACAAGUUCCAGAUGAGCCGAGGCUUCAUCCAGAGCCUGCUCAGCUCCUCGUCGGCGUUCUGCUCCUGCGUGCUGCACUUCACCGAGGAGCUGGAGGAGUUGUGGCCGUUCAGGGCUCUGCUGAAGGAGCUGACCCGGAGGCUGAGCUACUGCGUGAAGGCUGAACUCGUCCCUCUGAUGGAGGUCGCCGGAGUCAUGGAGGUGCGAGCGAAGCAGCUCUACAACGCCGGCUAUAAAACACUGACUCACCUGGCGAACGCCGACCCCGCCGUCCUCUCCGAGACGAUAGAGAACCUGUUCAGGAAGCAGGCGGAUCAGAUCGUGGCGUCUGCUAAAAUGCUGGUGAACGAGAAGGCGGCGGCACUUCAGGAGGAAGUGGACGAGCUGCUGACGGCGCCAUCCGACCUUCCGACGGCGCCGGAGCCGAACUGACUGAGAAGAAAUGUUUCAUUAAAAUACUGAAAGUGUUUUAUAUUGUUUAUUUUUAUACCUGUUAUUUUAUUUACUUAUAAACAUUAUGAGUGUACUCGCAUAGAGUACUUGAGUAAAGGUACUUAGUUACUUUUAUACUUUGUGUUUGAUGUUUUUGUGCCCAAACAUUAGAAUCAUUUUUACUCCACUGAUCAAUAAUAGAAACUGUAAAACACACAUUUAAUUAUUGGUAUAUGUUGACAUCACACUUUAUUGAUCCUCAUAAAGUCAUUAUUAUUAUUAUUAUUAUUAUUAUUAUUAUUAAGAUAUAUGAUAAACAUAAAGGCAUCAGUGCGACACUUUUAUUUCUAUAUUUUGUUUUUUUAUUACAUUUAUUUAAUAACUUUAGUUUCUUUGGUUAAUAAAACAAAAUAUAAUCAAUAAAUAAAUGAUAUUAAUAUUGAUUACUGAACCUCUUUUGCAGUAAAACA